AUGCUUUUGCGCUCGCUCGGUUCAGUGGACAGAAAUCCUUGGGCUGCCCUUGCCUCAAUGGUGCAAGACAGGAAUGGAGUGCAGGACAAUGUGCUGCUGCCUGUCUUGCAAAGGCACAGGCCUAGCAGUUGGUGCACUUGCUUUCACGCGUGUUGUGGACGAGUGCUGACAUGUGCGGCUCAAAUGGGGAAGUUCCCUUGCUUUGUGCCGAUGGGUUGGCCGUGGCUCUUGAGGAGGUGUGGGGGAAACACCUUCAUGGGCUUUUCUAAGCAUAAUGGUGCAGCGUUGUCCUUUUUGCGCAAGGGGAUUCUUGUUCCGCCCUUUUGUGGGGGCGAAAUGGGUGGCGGCAUCUUUGCAGGGAGCUGCGUGCUGUCGAUCGCCAUCGGGAAGCAGUUUUGUUCUGGUGGAGUUAAUUGUUUAGGUGGCGUUUCUGGUUUGCGGCUCCGUGUUCCUGCCUGUCCAUUGGUGUCCUGUCGUUGGCUGUAG